AUGCCUCCGACAUUCUGCCCUUACUGCUGCAACUGUCUAACGAUUGCGCGGGCACCUGGCACACAUCAACAUCCUCAGGGCUUGAAUGCCUUCACCUGCCGAACAUGUCCCUACCAAUUUGUCCUCGAUCAGCCGUAUUACGAGCGCACAUACAUGAAAAAGAAACAAAAAGAUGAUAUCAUGGGCGAGGAUGAGUCUGAUCUGCCGGUUAACGAAGUGCCUGGAGGUUGUCCGAACGAAAAGUGCGAUUCGAAUAAGGCAUAUUUCUAUCAACUACAGACAAGAAGCGCAGACGAGCCGCCGACUUCGUUCUUCAAGUGUGUUGAAUGCGGCAAACAAUGGAGAGAAUACUGA